GCAGUUCAAAUUUGUCUGAAUUCAAACUGUGUGGCGGGUAAGAAGAAAACAAGGGUGCUAUACAACAGAAUAUCAGUUCUUCAACAGGGGAGCAGACCAGCAUAAAAAUGUCCAAAACAUUACAGGGAAUUACACUGAAGGGAAGCGCUGAGCUGGUUGCCGAGUUCUUCUCAUUCGGAAUAAACAGCAUCUUAUACCAGCGAGGGAUCUAUCCUGCAGAGACUUUCACCCAUGUCACAAAGUACGACAUGAGUCUUCAGCUUACUACAGACCCCAAACUAAAUACCUACCUGACCAACGUGGUGACGCAGCUUAAAGAGUGGCUGUUUGAUUGCACAGUGCAGAAGCUGGUGAUGGUAAUCACAUGUCUUGAGACGAAUGAGGUCCUGGAGCGAUGGCAGUUUGACAUAGAAUGCGACAAGACAGCCAAGGAGAGCAGUGCUCCCCGGGAGAAGUCUAUGAAAGCCAUUCAGGAAGAAAUCCGCUCUGUUAUCAGACAAAUCACAGCCACUGUCACCUUCUUGCCUUUACUGGAAACUGCCUGUGCCUUUGACCUACUGAUCUACACAGAUAAAGAUCUGGAGGUCCCAGAGCAGUGGGAAGAGUCUGGGCCACAGCUUAUCGAUCAAUCCGAAGAGGUCCGGCUUCGCUCUUUCACCACCUCCAUCCACAAGGUCAACAGUAUGGUUGCAUACAAAAGAACAAACUCCAUGUAACUGUCUGUCUUUGUCUCUUUUCUGUACAUAGUUGUCUUUUGUGUCCAAAAGUCUCUGUCCCUAACUAGUUUCUCUGUCGCUGAGGUUUUUAUGACUGUAUUCCUGAAAAUGAAAAAUAAAAGCCCUGCUGUAUCACA